AUGACUAUCACAAACGUAAGCGGUAGUGAAAGCAGAAGCUGUGUGCUGGAUGUAGUUGCUUUCGAAAGCUACUCUCUUUCUACAGGCCUCAUCAUGUCAAAGCAAACGCUGGGAAAGACGCUGUUGAGGAAUGUAAUCCGCCACACGGACGCUCACAACAAGAUCCAGGAAGAGAUGGAGAUGUGGAAAAUGCGAGGCUGGGAGGUCAAAGGGUCCAACCACAAACAUUUGGCAGCUACAGAGUGUGUAAGGGGGUCGAUGCACUGCGAUCGUGUGCCAGAUGAAUCUAGAGACCAGAGGCGAAGCAGGGAGCGUGCCUCGGACCAUGAUGACAGAGAGGCUCGAUACUGGACUCGUAAGCUGUAUGAAUUUGAGGCCAAUGAUCCUGACAGAUGGGGACAUAGUGGCUUCAAGGAGCUUUAUCCUGAUGAGUUUAUAAGUGACAGUGAAAAAAACCGCUCCUCAAAGAAGAUGGGGCGACACAAAAUUAAAAAGUCCAAGUCAGAAACAAGCUUAUCUAAACACAAAAAAUCCUCUCAAAAGAAGAAAAAGAAAAAGAAGAAGAAAGACGAGGGUGGAAAGCGAAAGAAAGAAGAGAGCUCAAGCAGCAGUGACGACAGCAGCGCGGCCAAAGACAAGCAGAGGAGGAAAAGGACUAAAAGUCGACAUAAAAACAAGAAAACAUCAAAAACCAGAGGGAGGGAGGAGGACAGCAGCUCAGGGGACAGUGAUGAUCAUCACAACAGAGAAAGGGAGAGACAGACACACAGUCGCAAAAGACGAAAGCAGGACUCCCACAAAGACUCAGGUUUAGACUCAAAAAAGAAGAGGAAAAACUGGAAAGCAGUAGGUGAGGAGAGCUCAAAUGAUAGCUCUGGAGACUGAAAUGCACACACAGAUGCACAGUUCAGGUAACGGACAGGAAAACAACUGCAGGUACCUUUGUUCACCUAUACUGCACAGAGGGCUUUUCUCUGCAGAGCCGUUCUAUAUUAUACUUUGUUAGACAUCAACAAACCUGUGCUGUCGGUCCUCUCCGUGGGCGCGCUGUGUAGCAAUAUCUCACCACCUCUGCAGUGACUUGAAGCACACUGCACAGGAGCGCAGUCAGCAGGCAGCAUGAAGAGGAAUGGAGGGGGUAUCUGCCACCUGUCUCGUGAAGAAUUGUGUCAGCUGCAGCCUCAUUGAUUAAUCACUGACUCUCGUCUCAGACCGUCUGUCUCACAUAGAGACUUGAAUGGACCACUGCUUUUUCUUAUUUAAAAAAAAAGGCCGAUUUCCUCAAUUAUGCUAGAAUUUGUCAGGUUUUUUUUAGUUUUGUAAAUUUUAAUAUUUGUAGCACA